AUGUCCCGCCUCCAAACACGACACGAUCCUCUCUCCUCCACAACGAUACUACAGGUGUCUCCUGGUGUCCAAUCCGACCUCUCGCCUUCCCCAAAAAGACGCAAGCGACGUUUACCCGUCCGACCUACGGACAGCUCGGACAGGGAGAAUGCGUCGCUGGAUCGUGUCUCCCCUGUUGUUCCUGGCGACGUCGUCGUCGUCGUCGUCGUGGUGAGUGGGGCGCUCGCACGGAGUGUUCCCUGGGUUAUCUUGACGUUGGGAUCGAGCGCGGGCGCGACACGGACCGCAUCGUUCGUGUGGGGGAAGGUUUACCGCGGUGGUGCGGAUACGGCGUCCGAAGAUUUCGAGACGGAACAAAGUCAUCACGCGGAGGAAGAAGUCGAAGACGUCUCGAACGAAGACGAAGGUUCGGUCGAAGAGGAGGAAGACGUAGGCCCCGUCGUUGAGGUCGCGACGGAAGCCUCCGAGGAACCAGAAACGAGCGGGGCCGAACCCGGUUCGUCCGAGACGACGGAUGUCUUUCAGGAUGCCAGCGUCGGGACGGAGGAUAUCACCCUCGUCGAAGACGAUAGUGCCGCGCACGUGGAUCGGAUGGAGUACGCCGACGAUGAAGGCAGUGAAGAAACAACGACUCUCGACGAGACUGCGGAUCCCGAGACUGAGGAUCCCGAACCCACACCCGCUGCGGCAGUCGAGGUUGCAAUCUCACCCCUUACGGACGAAACCGCCCCGUCGGUCGGCAAAAACGACUCGGUAGUGACCGAUGAGACCAAGGCCGCCCUGAGCAAACUUCAGUACCGGCAACGAGAAAUUCAAGGCUUGCGGCCAGAGAUUGCCGAACAUCUCGUGGAAAACCAAUUAACGCGACCUCCCGAAGGGAUUCCUGACGGUUGGUACCGGGAGGAAGCCUCACCUCGACAGCGACAGCGACAGCAACGCUCAUCUAGUGCUAUUGAGCGACAAAUGCCCCGCCUGACUCGGGCACGAAUACAACGGAUGGUUCCCGUAGCCGCCGGUGUGCUGGUGAUUGGUGUAGGGGUACAAACUGGAUCGUUGGCACUUGUGGCGGCGAAAGUCGGUGCAUUGCUGGCCUCGGGUGGCCCGAGCUCCCCAACGGCAACCACGCAAUCAUGGGAAACCGUCCCACCUUCCCACCAUACGGAAGCUGAAUCCGAGGAAGGUACCAUGGAAGACCAUAAAGACAAAAUGGCGACUGCCGUAACGGAUGCACCUCCGUCGGCAGUACCUACCAAUGCACACACGCACAGUACGGGUGACAUCCAUCCGCACAGUAUUCGGCCCGGAUCCCGUACCGCCAACGAUACUUUGGACGUUACUUGGUUGGACAAGGCUAUUACGGCGGUGGAGCGAAGGAUCAAGGCCUUUUUGCGUAUGGAAAUCUGA